AUGGCAUUGAAUUGUUAUGUCCUUGAUUCUAUAGGCCGAGAUGAUGAUGAGUAUGGAUUUUGGUCCACAGUCCUGUACUGCACAAAGCUGGCGUCCUCCCAGUCGGAGAGCGAGCGCGUGUCGAUACGUGAGGAGAUGUCCCGGCAGCCUCACUUACAGAAGAUCCUGGCGCAAUUGGAGACCGGCAAUGGAGAUGAUGAGAAAAUGGACACUCACUCGGAGGCCCCCCGAAAGAGGCACAAGUCUGAGGCCGAGAGCAGCUCUGCGUCCGGGCAGGUGGCAGGCUCCAGGAAGGUGGUGCAGCUCGAGGACCUGGUGUUCGCGGCCGGGUCGCACUUCAUGGCCAACAAGAGGUGUCAGCUGCCUCCGGGCUCAUUCAGGAAGCAGCGAAAAGGUUACGAGGAAGUCCACGUGCCGGCUCUGAAACCGAAGCCGUUUGAAGAAAACGAGACACUGGUGCCGAUCGAGAAGCUGCCCAAAUACGUCCAGCCAGCGUUCGAGGGAUUCAAGACCCUGAAUAGAAUACAGAGCCGCAUAUCGAAGCCGGCGCUGGAGUCGGACGAGAAUCUGCUGGUGUGCGCGCCCACCGGGGCCGGCAAGACCAACGUGGCGCUGCUGUGCGUGCUUCGCGAGGUCGGCAAGCACGUCAACGACGACGGCACUGUCAAUGUCAACGACUUCAAGAUGAUAUACGUCGCGCCGAUGCGCUCGCUCGUGCAGGAAAUGGUGGGCAACUUCAGCAAGCGUCUGUCCGCUUACAACAUGAAGGUCUCCGAGUUGACCGGCGACCACCAGCUCACGAGGGAGCAGAUCGAGGCCACGCAGCUCAUCGUGUGCACUCCGGAGAAGUGGGACAUCAUCACCAGGAAGGGCGGGGAACGUUCCUUCACGAACCUGGUCCGGCUUAUAAUCAUAGACGAGGUCCACUUGUUGCACGACGAGCGCGGGCCCGUGCUGGAGGCGCUGGUGGCGCGGACCCUGCGGACGGUCGAGCAGACUCGGGAGGAGGUGCGGCUCGUGGGCCUGUCCGCCACGCUGCCCAACUACACGGACGUGGCCACCUUCCUGCGCGUGCGACCCGAGAAGGGACUCUUCUACUUCGACAACUCCUUCAGACCGGUGGCCCUCGAGCAGCAGUACAUCGGCGUGACGGAGAAGAAAGCUCUCAAGCGGUUCCAGGUGAUGAACGACAUCGUCUACGAGAAGGUGAUGGAGCACGCAGGCAAGAACCAGGCUCACGCCCCAAUGACUUUAAGGGGUUACCCGAGUUCAUGA